CAAAUGUUGUUUAACCAUUAUUAUAUUACGAAAACAACGACAUCAAUAUUUGUUUGUAUACGUGUCAAUAUAUUUUCGUUUGUUGUAGCCUUGGACUUGGCUAUGAAAAUAUGGUUACUUCCGGUGUAAUGUUCAGUUAUUGCUGUGUGCGUCCUCACAGACGACUCGAGAAUCGCGGGCAGCCAUCCUCGUACAUUCCAGGGCGUCGUUGUGCUCAAUGUCCAUUCCAAGGAAAGUCUUAAAAACGUAGUUAUCUUAGCAAGUUGACAUAAUGGCAGGUAUAACAUCAUUGGAGGCGGUUAAACGGAAAAUAAAAACCUUGCAACAGCAGGCUGACGGUGCCGAAGAAAGAACUGAAAGACUACAGAGAGAAUUGGGUUUGGAGAGGAAAGCCAGAGAAUCAGCUGAGGCCGAUGUCGCUUCCCUUAACAGACGUAUCCAGCUAGUUGAGGAGGAGUUGGAUCGUGCUCAGGAGCGUCUGACAACUGCCCUGACCAAGCUGGAGGAGGCUGAGAAGGCAGCUGAUGAGUCUGAGAGAGGCAUGAAGGUCAUUGAGAACAGAGCCUCCAAGGAUGAGGAGAAGAUGGAGCUGCAGGAGAUCCAGCUGAAGGAGGCCAAGCACAUCGCCGAGGAGGCUGACCGCAAAUACGAGGAGGUUGCCCGUAAGCUGGUCAUCAUUGAGAGUGAUCUGGAGCGUACAGAGGAGCGCGCUGAACUUUCAGAAGGCAAAUGUUCUGAGCUUGAAGAAGAGUUGAAAACUGUGACCAACAACCUGAAGUCACUGGAGGCCCAGUCUGAGAAGUACUCACAUAAGGAGGACAAGUAUGAGGAGGAGAUGAAGGUCCUCACCGACAAGCUGAAGGAGGCUGAGACACGUGCUGAGUUCGCUGAGAGAUCAGUAACCAAGCUUGAGAAGACCAUUGACGACUUGGAAGAUCACCUCUACCAGCAACUUGAGAAAAACCGCCUUCUCUCUAACGAACUAAGAGUGGCCUUGAAUGAGGACUAAACAGUGUGUGAAUGUUUCAUCUAUUUAAGUAAUGAGCUUAUUUAUGUACAGUAUUGCAAGUGUGUGUGUAUGUGAUGCUAAUCAUUCUGGAGUUAAGUGUUACUGCUGGAGUAACAAGCUAGCAGCAUACAGUACCAGUCAAAAGUUUGGACACACCUACUCAUUCAAAGGUUUUUUAUUUUUUGUAUUUUCUACAUUGUAGAAUAAUAGUGAAGACUCAACUAUGAAAUAACAUGUAUGUAAUCAUGUAGUAACUAAAAAUAUAUUUUAUAUUCUUCAAAGUAGCCACCCUUUACCUUGACAGCUUUGCACACUCUUUGCAUUCUCUAAACCAGCUUCAUGAGGAAUGCUUUUUCAACAGUCUUGAAGGAGUUCCCACAUAUGCUGAGCACUUGUUGGCUGUGUUUCCUUCACUCUACGGUCCAACUCAUCCCAAACCAUCUCAAUUGGGUUGAGGUCGGGGGACUGUGGACGCCAGGUCAUCUGAUGCAGCACUCCAUCACUCUCCUUCGUCUAAUAGCACUUACACAGCCUGGAGUUCUGUUGGGUCAUUGUCCUGUUGAAAAACAAAUCAUAGUUCCUCUAAGUGCAAACCAGAUGGGAUGGCAUAUCGCUGCAGAAUGCUGUGGUAGCCAUGAUGGUUGUGUGCCUUGAAUUCUAAAUAAAUCAGUGUCACCAGCAAAGCACCCCCACACCAUAACACUUCCUCCUCCAUGCUUCACGGUGGGAACCACCGAUGCGGAGAUCCUCCGUUCACCUACUCUGCGUCUUACAAAGACACGGUGGUUGGAACCAAAAAUCUCCAAUUUGGAGGACCGAUUUCCACCAGUCUAAUGUCCAUUGCUCGUGUUUCUUGGCCCAAGCAAGUCUCUUCUUCUUAUUGGUGUCCUUUUAGUAGUGGUUUCUUUGCAGUAAUUUGACCAUGAAGGCCUGAUUUCACGCAGUCUCCUCUGAACAGUUGAUGUUGAGAUGAACUCUGAAGCAUUUAUUUGGGCUGCAAUCUGAGGCUGGUAACUCUAAUGAACUAAUCCUCUGCAGCAGAGGUAACUUCCUUUCCUGUGGCAGUCCUCAUGAGAGCCAAUUUCAUCAUAACACUUGUUGGUUUUUGCAACUGCACUGUAAUAACUUUUAAAAGUUCUUAAUUUUCACAAUUGACUGACCUUCAGGUCUUAAAGUAAUGAACUGUUUCUUUUUGAUUAUUUGACUGGUUCUUGCCAUAAAAUGGAUUUAGCCCUAUUUGUUAAAAGACUAUCUUCUGUAUACCACCCCUACCUUGUCAAAACACAACUGAUUGGCUCAAAUGCAUUAAGGAAAGAAGUUCCACAAAUGAACUUUUUAACAAGGCACGCAUGAUAAUUGAAAUGGAUUUCACGUGACAAUCUCAUGAAACUGGCAGAAUGCUGAGUAGGCAAAGGAUGGCUACUUUGAAGAAUCUCAAAUAUUACAUAUAUUUAGAUAUUUUUUAAACUUUUUUGGGGGUUACUACAUGAUUCCAUGUGUUAUUUAAUAGUUUUAAUGUAUUCAUUAUUCUACAAUGUAGAAAAUUGUAAAAAGAAAAACCAUUGAGUAGGUGUGUUAACUUUUGACUGGUACUGUAUAAAUGUAUACAUCUGGGAUUAUCUCUAAUCUGUAUAUUUACUGUAUACUCUGACAUACAACCAGGUAGUAUAUACAGUAUUGUUAAUUGUCCAUGUUUAGAGCAUGGGGAAGGCUAUGCUGUAAAAAUGUUUAUUUCCUGCAUGUUUACUGCCAUAGCAUAGUCACAGCAUUUUAGUUUUUCUCUAAAACUGAAAGUGUCUUGCAUUUGUUAGCUAAUUAUGUAGACCUAACCGUACGAUAUACUUCUUUUGCAUGUUGUGUGAUGGUAGCUUGGAUUUUAAUAUUUUGUUUUAUUUGGUGUCUAACAGAGAAACUGGCACAUGCUAAAGAGGAGAACCUUGAUAUGCACCAGAUGCUGGACCAGACUCUAAUGGAACUAAAUAACAUGUGAAAGCCUGGUUUACCCACUAUGGUUUGGGCUUCUUGUAUUUGCACCUUGCUUGCCAUGAGCCCUCAUUCCAUUCCAUGCCCAGGGUGAGGAACACAUAACCAGAUGCUUUUCCUUUUGCACCGUCCUGCUUUCAGUGGAGCUCAACGAGGGGGCAGAACUAAGGGAAAGGUACAACAUUUCCUUAAUGAAGCCUAAAAUGAGAAACACUUUUUUUAGUUUUGCCAGCUGAUUUAUAAUGUCAGCAUUUUAAUCAUUGACAUUAGUUCGCUUUUGACGAGUUAUCAGGUGAAAUGACGCAUCAUUUGCUACAAAGGUUGUUUUUGGGUCAUUCCACUAAUUCGGUGCCUUUUGAGAUGUGUAACUUUUGAGAUGUGGGACAAACUUAGUUUCACCCAAUUUUUACAUUCUGUCAUAAAGAACAUAUGUUCAACUUAAUGAAAAACAAGUUCUCAUCUUAAGGUUAAAAAAAACACAUUUUAAAUUACUAAGUGCCAUAUAAAGUAACAAGGUUGACCGUAACAGGGUUGACAAUUUUCAUCAUAAAUAUUCCAUAAAUUCCCAUGUGACAGGGAAUGGAAGGUUGUGUGCAACAGGGAGCGGCAAUCGAAUGCAAACUUCACAAAUAGUGAACAUUUGUAGCCUGUAUAGUUAACAGGGUUGAUGUGUUCUGCUUAACCCACUCUGUUUUCCACAGCAAAACACCAGGAAAUGGCCAAAAGAGUAGAACCAGCUCACCUGCUUAUACACUGAUUUGACUAUUAGAUGUUCCAAUGUUACUUUGGAUAUUAAAAAAAAAAUAAUAAUAAUAAUAAUAGGACUAGUUUCACCAUAUUAAAGAGUUCAGGUAACAGGGUUGAUCUUAAAAUGAGGGACAGUUUUAUUUGUUUUUCCUUUAAAACUCAUGAUGGUGAAAACUUGAAGACAUUUUGGGGUUAAAAUCUUCCUCAGUCAGAGGGUUCACAGUGGGACUUGUCAAAAUGCUGGAUUUUGGCACUUAGGGCAAGUCUUUUUGUGUUCAUCUGAAUUCUCCAUGUAGUCUAUUGUAGGGGACAUUAUUGAAUACAACAGGCUUUUAAAAUGCAAUAUUGGUGCACUAUUUCUACUUCAAAUAUUGAAGGUAGGCAAAAGGCACUCAUUUCGUGGAACAACCCUUUUUAUCAGCAUUUGAUAAAUUGAGUUUAUAUACUAACAUUAUUUUGAUUGUUUGGUGCCAAUAUUAAGCCCUGGCUAGAAAGGGAUCUACUUACACUCCCAAAGUAUAUUUAUUUUUCUUUUGAGCCUGAAACUCAUCACAAAAUGCAUGGCAACAUUACCUUGCAAAAUGCAUUCCUGUUCCCUGUUCUUUUUUUCUUUUGUCUAGAAAUAUGACUCCAUAGUAUGUGAUUGUGCCUCGCAUAAAACUAUUGUUUUAUUAAAUGUAGAUGUUUUAAAUGUAUAUCAUAUCUGAAAUGAAUAUAAAUAAAACCACAGUUUAAGA